AUGGCGAACAGAGUAAGGUUUAUUUGCAUUAUACUCAUUGUUCUACACGAUGCUACCGCUAUGUGUGUAAAUAAAGCUACUCUAGAUAAGACGAACUCAGACCUGAAACCUGAAAUAAUAACUAAGCGAGAAACCGCUGAAAAUGAAUUGAAAAACAAUACAAUGCUUGAAGUUAACGAAACAAUUAUAGAAAGCUCGAUACAUUACAAGAAAUGUGAGCUUUUAAAUUUAACUGAAGAAAUUCCAUAUGACACUAAACGUCUAAAUUCGAUAUAUUUGAACAAUAUAUAUACUGGCGAGAUGAAUCUGAUAGAAGAUAACUUGUCAAUAACAGAAUUAGAGGCAGAUGGCAUAAGUUUGUUUGAAUUGGUCAAGAGCAAUUGUGGAAGCGCGAAAAUUUGUCCAAAUAUAAGGGGUAAUUGGAGUGAAAGUAAUACGAUUACUAUUGGAUUUCUAAGCGCGUAUGGAUGGAGCCAGACGGUGCUCGGAGCGCUGCCUUUAGCGGUAGCGGCGGUAAACCGGGACCCAACUUUGUUACCCGGACUGAAACUACGCUUCGUCACUGCGGACAUCGGCAGACUAAGACCAUCCCUACCAAUGGACAAGGACAGUCUUUCUUUGAGGGUGAUGACUCAAAUGCGCGAUCUUGGAGUAGUUGCUUUCUUCGGCCCCGACGGCACCUGCCAUACGGAAGCAAAACUGGCUGCUGCAUGGAAUCUACCACUGAUAUCACAUAAAUGUGCGGGUGCCCAAGGACCAGAAGCUGGAGGUCUGGGUGCUACAUUCGCUCGUACUUUACCACCAGCUCACAAAGUCAGCAAAUCGGUCGUUUCGUUGUUAAAAGCCUACGGAUGGACGAAGUUUGCAAUCAUCGCCGGAGAUGAAUUAACUGCAGCUGAACAACAAAUGGACGCUAUAAAGAAGUUAUCAGAAAGCAAUGGAUUGACGAUUACGGCGGAGCAUCGUUUCGCAGAUUACAUUCCGAGACACAUCUCAAGAAUGGAAAAGAUUGUGGAUCAAACUUAUGAUAAAACUAGAGUGUACGUGUUUCUCGGCGAGCAUAUCGCUUUGGUGGAUUUUGUGAACGUGUUACAAAGACGUGGACUUUUAGCUGCAGGGGAGUACGCAGUAGUAGCAGUGGAUGACGAAAUAUAUGAUCCAAGUGACGCUGCCAUUACCCACGCAGAUCAUUUAAUAAAAAACAGUAGCAGCGACGUUUUGGCUUUUCGAGCUGUCCUAAAAUUGACACCAUCUCAUCCGACUAACCCACAUUAUUUGACGCUUUGCCAAAUGAUCCGGAAGCUGUCUGCAGCGCCGCCAUUUUGUGUCCCUAACUACCACAAAAUAUUUGAAGACACAUCCGUACCCAUCGAAGCAGCUCAUCUAUACGACGCAGUGAUUCUCUGGGCGCGAGCCGCAUCUGCAGCAAUGAGAAAUGGUCUUCCACCAACUGAUGGAGCAACUCUAAUGAAGUUACUGAGACCUACCACUUAUAGAUCACUACAAGGGUUUGACGUAAAUAUGGACAGCGCUGGAGACGCCGAGGGCAACUUCUCAGUUAUUGGAGUAGUGGAAGACCCAAACGCACCCAGUGGCUGGAGCGCUAAACCAGUAGCUGCAUUUAGAUACACCAAUUCUACUGAUCUGUUACCUGAAUUCGUGGGAGGUUCCACUAUAGCCUGGAUAGGCGGGAAACCCCCCGAUUCAGAACCAGCGUGUGGCUUCGAUGGGAGGAAGUGUUCCCUACCCCAUGACCCUGUCACCCUCUCCGCUGCAGCCGCUGUGGCCUCAGCCGCCAUACUUGCUGCUGCUUUACUUGUACGACAUUAUAGGUAUGAACAGAAACUGGCAUCUGUUCUAUGGAGGAUUGAAGCAAAGGACUUAACGUUUAUCACGACGUGUGAAAAGGAUAACAUACCACAGGAGGUCGAUAAGAAACGUGCCCACACCACAAUUGCUUCGUAUCGCGGCAACAUUGUCGCAGUGAAGAGGUUAAAGAAAAAAAAUAUCGACGUCACUCGAGCUAUCAAGAAGGAACUAAAACAGAUGCGAGAACUUCGACAUGAGAACCUCACACCGUUUGUAGGUGUUUGCGUGGAAACUGGAGUGGCUUGCAUUAUAACCUCCUACUGCUCUCGAGGCUCCCUAGCAACUGUACUAGCGGAUAGAGAUCUACACCUAGAUGACAUGUUCGUUGCCAGCCUGGUCGCCGAUCUAUUGAGAGGACUGACCUAUCUCCACGAUUCCGCACUUAUUUCCCAUGGGAAUCUGACGUCGAGCAAUUGUUUGGUCGACAGACGAUGGGUUCUACAGAUUUCGGAUUACGGGCUACAUACUCUGAAAAGUGGUUGUGCAGAUACAGAAGAUGCUCUACGUAUGGAGAGACGAAUGCUGUGGCGAGCACCAGAACUACUUCGUGACCCGAACCCACCACCGCGAGGCUCUCAGAAGGGAGACGUUUACUCUUUUGGCAUAAUCUUAUAUGAAAUAUUAGCGAGGAACGGACCUUGGGGCGACACAAAUUUAACUAAUACUGAAAUUAUUGGAAGAGUACGACAACCAAUUGGAGGUGUGUUAUUCCGACCACCACUCAGCGGACUAGCAGCUCGACCAUCAGUAUUGGUCGUUUUAAAGUCUUGUUGGAGCGAGCGACCAGAUCGACGACCAGACGUUCGUCUUGUCAGACUCCGACUAAAAGAUAUGCAUGCUGGAAUGAAAACAAAUAUUUUCGAUAACAUGCUGUCUAUGAUGGAGAAAUACGCUUCAAACUUGGAGGGACUUGUGACAGCUCGGACGGAACAACUCCUGCAAGAGAAAAGGCGCACUGAUGAUCUACUUAACAGAAUGUUGCCAAGGACAGUAGCUGAGGCUUUGAAACGUGGCGAACCAGUCCAAGCAGAGAGCUACGAUUGCGUCACAAUUUACUUUAGUGACAUCGUUGGCUUCACGAAGUUGGCAGCAAUGAAUACUCCAAUGCAGAUUGUGGAAAUUCUCAACGAUCUUUACACGUGCUGCGAUGCAAUCAUCUCAUACUACAACGUUUACAAGGUGGAAACAAUAGGUGAUGCUUAUAUGGUAGUUGGAGGCUUACCAGAACGUUGUUCGAGACACGCGGCUGAAGUCGCCUCACUAGCCCUCCAUAUACUUGAGUCCGUGCCUAAAAUACGAAUGAGGCAUAUGCCAGCUGCCAGAUUACAUAUUCGAAUAGGCAUUCAUAGUGGACAGUGCGCGGCUGGAGUGGUGGGUAUCAAAAUGCCAAGAUACUGCCUAUUCGGGGAUACAGUGAACACGGCCGCUCGGAUGGAGUCGACUGGGGAACCAGAAAAGAUACACAUCAGCCAUGACACUUAUAAGUUAUUGAAACAACACGGUGGAUAUCGGUUCAAGGAACGAGGAAUGAUUAAUAUAAAGGGCAAAGGAGAAAUGAGGACAUGGUGGCUUGUAGGUGAAGACCAUGAACGGCGAAAAAAUUCGCUUAUGCAUGAUAAUCCAUACUUCCAACCGGCGGACACGAUAUUCAACUCGCGGUCAACAAACUUAAGGGACCGUGCACGCUUAUCCUGCGGCUCCCUGUGCCCUGCACUAUCCGCACCCGCGCUCCCAGCGUGUGCGUGCAUCGUCCCGCCCCGCGACCAUCACUCCGCACCUGCUGUGACAUUCUGCGAU